AUGUCUGUAAAUCGUGAAGAUUCUGUGUACUUGGCCAAAUUGGCUGAACAAGCAGAGCGUUAUGAAGAAAUGGUCGAGAACAUGAAAGCUGUAGCUUCAUCUGGCCAAGAAUUAUCCGUUGAGGAACGUAAUUUACUUUCUGUUGCGUACAAAAAUGUUAUUGGUGCUCGUCGUGCUUCCUGGAGAAUUGUUUCUUCUAUCGAACAAAAGGAAGAGUCUAAAGAAAAAUCAGACCAUCAAGUCAAGUUAAUCCGUACCUAUCGUUCGAAAAUUGAAUCCGAAUUGACAAAAAUCUCGGAUGAUAUUUUAUCCGUUUUGGAUUCUCAUUUGAUUCCAUCUGCAACAAGCGGUGAAUCUAAAGUUUUUUACUAUAAGAUGAAGGGUGAUUACCAUCGUUAUUUGGCAGAAUUUUCCAGCGGAGAUGUCAGAGAAGAGGCUACAACUGCUUCUUUAGAAGCUUACAAAACUGCUACUGAAAUUGCAACAACUGAAUUACCACCAACUCAUCCAAUUCGUUUAGGUCUUGCAUUGAAUUUCUCUGUUUUCUACUAUGAAAUUCAAAAUUCUCCAGAUAAAGCUUGUCAUCUAGCAAAACAAGCGUUUGAUGAUGCUAUCGCUGAACUGGAUACUUUAUCAGAAGAAUCCUACAAAGAUAGUACAUUGAUCAUGCAAUUAUUAAGAGAUAACUUAACUUUAUGGACUUCUGAUAUGUCUGAAGCUGGUCAAGAGGAUCAAUCACAACAACAGCAACAACAACAGCAACAACAACAGCAACAACAACCUUCGGCAAAUGAAUCAGCAGCACCAGCUGAAGGUCAAGCUCCAAAAUAA